AUGGAGCGGGCAUCUUUGCUAUUGAGUCUCUCACCUGAGCUCAUCUUCCAAAUCGUCGGCCACUGUCCUGCCACCAUUCUUACUCUCGCCCUCACCUGCUCUUCCGUGUACCGCCUAUGUCAGCCUGUUCUGAAGCAGCAUCGCGAUGCUUACAAAAAGUACAAAGUCACCUCGGACUUGUCCCCGGAAACAGUGCUUCACCUACUGAGGGCUGGCCCCACGGCGGAAAUUGAGAGAUGGCAUACAGACUGGCGACGGUGGUCUCCGGAGCUGCCUGGUGCAUAUGGACUUGCUGAAGAAGAUCCUUCUAGAUCAGCGUUGAGUGCACAAGAAUUACAAAGAUGCACUCGAAAGGGAACCGAAUGGUGGGAGCUCUCCAGAAGCGACAUCAACAAUAUCCAAAACACUCUAGAAUCUGGCAAUGAUGGAUAUCUGAAAACACUCCUUAUCGCCUCAUGCCCUCGAGUUCACAGCAUCAGAUUUGCCAAGCGGCCGAAAGAUUCUUGGUCAGUUCUCAAUUGGAUCAGAAGUGCCAUCGGAUGGAGCAAAUGUGGUAACGGUAAAUGGCCACCAGGAUUUGAGUCGCUACGAAACAUGGCGGUUGGUGUUUCGAUUGGUCUAUCACCCCAUGAAGAAGAUAAUGGAUCGUUACAUGGUUCCAUCCUCACAUUGCUUUUACACCUCCCCCAUCUCAAGAACCUGUACUUCUGCGACCCUUUCGAAAUCAGACACCCGGAGGACGGGAAUGAGGACGAGUACUUCGAUUUGCGCGAGUUGUGUGACUUCCCCGCCAACACUUCAAGUGUCGAAUACCUGUUUCUCGACAACCCUACCAAUCUUUCCGCCGAGUUCUUCGACGCCCUUGCCAGCGCACCAAAGGACCUGGACACACUUGUUGUCAAGGCCAGAGGCCCAUCUUUGCACAAUUUCAACGCGGUUGACACGUUGGUGGUGGACUUUGCCCGCGAGAACCCGCAAUUGAAGCGACUCGUCGUUUAUAACGGCGAAUCACUCUGUGGCGAGUACGGGUGGCUCACAUAUCUCCCUUCUGACUUGAAGGGUUUUAAUGCCAUUAAGCAUCACAGCAUUUCAGCUACUGGCAUUACGGAUCAGGCAUGUGAUCCUGCAUACGGCUAUAUUCCAGACAUGGUGAAGGACGAAUGGUUUCAUGAAGCCUUUCCGCCUUGCAUUGAAGCAAUAUAUGUUUGGGGAGAAUCGGAGCUUCGAGGUGACGAGAUCGAGCCAUUAGAAGUCCUCGAUUUCUUGCUCGCACGAAUCAUCGAGUCGGGUGCUUACAAAGACCUCAAAGUCAUCUACGUCGACAAUGUGGAAUCCUCAGCUAGGUGGUGGGGGCUGAAGGGGCUUUCUUUCCAAAAGACCAUCGCUGCGGGACAAAAGACUGGAGUACACAUCUGCACUUUCAUGAACAGAGAUGAUGGAGGUUAUUGGAAGAAUUUCCCUGCCAGGCCUGAUCGGUUUGACCUCAAGACCGGCCCCUGUGGAGGGAAGAGACCGGCGAAUUGGAGGCUGAACCUUUACACUGGUGAAUGGGGCCCAAAUUGUAUGGGGUGUGGAGAGUGUGACAAAUGUUGGGCGGUGUAUCCUCCUGAGCUGUGGAAGAAGCAUAAGACUGUCGAAACAUGA